AUGUCUUAUACAAAUUACGGUGCUCCAGGGGUUCCCGCUCCACCAGGAACGAUCUAUAGUGCAGCUGCCACCACAUCUACAACUUACAACAGUGGCAAUGCGCCUCCACAAUCGUCAUCUUAUGGAAACGGUAGUUCUUCGUAUAAAAACUCAUCAAAUUAUGGCUCAUCUUAUACUUCGUCUUCACGUUAUGGUAAUGACCGUGGAGUAGAUCGUUCUUAUGAUGACCGCAAUUGGGAUUUUUCAAAACUUCCUAAAUUUGAAAAGAACUUUUAUCGCGAACAUAUCAAUGUCAUUUCACGUUCUCAAGUCGAAGUAGAUGAAUACCGGAAAAAACACGACAUGAAAGUUUUUGGCCUCGAUAUCCCAAAACCAGUCGAAACUUUUGAAGAAGCCAAUUUUCCAGGUUUCACUUCCCCAACGCCAAUCCAAUCACAAGGAUGGCCAAUGGCACUUUCUGGUCGUGAUGUGGUUGGUAUUGCUGAAACUGGAUCGGGGAAGACCUUAGCUUACUGCUUGCCUGCUAUUGUUCACAUAAAUGCACAACCUUUUCUUCAACCUGGUGAUGGACCUAUUGUUCUUAUUCUUGCACCGACACGUGAAUUGGCUGUGCAAAUCCAACAAGAAUGCACGAAAUUUGGAAAGUCAUCAAAGAUCAAAAAUACCUGCGUUUACGGUGGUGUUCCCAAAGGUCCUCAAGCACGUGAACUUUCUCAUGGUGUUGAGAUUUGUAUUGCUACACCUGGUCGAUUAAUCGAUAUGUUAGAAUCAAGGCGAACCAAUCUCCGCCGGGUGACAUAUCUUGUAUUAGACGAAGCUGAUCGUAUGUUAGAUAUGGGAUUUGAGCCACAAAUUCGAAAGAUUGUUGAACAAAUCAGACCGGAUAGACAAACCCUUAUGUGGAGUGCUACUUGGCCAAAAGAAGUCAAACGCCUCGCAGAAGAUUAUCUUCAUGAUUUCAUUCAAGUAAAUAUCGGUUCUUUAGAUUUGUCGGCAAGUCAUAAUAUUUCUCAAACUGUUGAGAUUUGUACUGAAUACGAAAAACGAAAUAAGCUAGUCAAACAUCUUGAACGUAUCAUGGAUCAAAAGGAUAAUAAAACAUUAAUUUUCACUGGCACAAAACGUACAGCAGAUGAGAUUACAAAAUACUUGCGCCAAGAUGGUUGGCCAGCGCUUGCAAUUCACGGUGAUAAGGCGCAAACUGAGCGGGAUUGGGUUUUAAGCGAAUUUAGAAGUGGCAAAUCACCGAUAAUGGUUGCUACUGAUGUUGCUUCUAGAGGAAUCGCAGUAGCCGCGGGCAACAAGUAUGCAUAUAUUAAAGAGGAAAAA